GAUACACAAAAAUGUUUUUAUUCAGAAGCGUCGGCAUUUUCAUAAAGUAUCUAUAAAGUAAACGAUCGUACAUACUUAUGUACAUAGUAAAAGAUCAUAUAAUUGAACGUGUACUUACAUACAUGCAUAUGUAUAUAUACAUAUGUUAUCUAUGUAUGCAAAAUAUGUAUGUGCAUUUAUAAAUACAUAUGUGUAAUAUUUAUAUAAAAUACUUCUUUUACGUUGGAAUUUAAAAAUUUUCAUUGAUUAAGCCUCUCAAAAACUCAAUUAAUUGUGAGGUGUCCGUAAAACAUUAAAAUUUCUUGUUAAAUAAUGUUUUUUUAAACGCUACUUUGUCAUCAAUAUUUUAUAAAAUAAUAUAUCGGCUAUAGAAGUCUAAUGCAUAUACAAACACCCGUGUUUGAUUUGACAUAUGUAGACGUCAUUUAGGUCAACGUUUUAAAGCAAAACACAUGCUGAAUGUGAAAGUUAUGUCAAGUCUAGUGUUAAUUGUUCAACUUAAAUAGAAAUUCAAGCGGAGUAUGGAAUCUCCCCCAAAUCAUUCCACAACUGCCUCCAUAACAAACGGCAAUUCGAACAGCAGUAGCUGUGAAGCUGUUAAUUUGAUUAAUUCGCAUAUAUCCAUGGUUGGUUUAGCUCCAUUGGCAUCAAGUGCAUCGCAACCAUCUCAGCCACUACCACAGACACCAACACUUCCAAUACCACUUCCUUCAUCAGUUGGACUUUGUUCUGUUAACCCUAUAAUGCCACAUUCAAUAGCAACCCCACCAUCAUUGAAUGCCGUUUUCGGAAACGGACCGCCAACAAUACCUUUGAAUACACUCGCCUCCCAGAAUAGACUUUUGGAACUUUCACGUUUUGGACUUCGUGGUUAUGACUUAGCACAACAUUUGUUGACCCAACAAAACGCUGUAUCUAAACUACUGGGUACGCUAAGACCACCUGGUUUAAUUGGAGGAUCGAAGCCUAAAGUUGCUACUCCAGCUGUAGUAUCAAACAUUGAACAAUACAAACGUGAGAAUCCUACAAUAUUUGCGUGGGAAAUUCGAGAACGACUGAUAUCUGAAGGUGUUUGUACGAAUGCCACAGCACCAUCAGUAUCAUCAAUAAAUAGAAUUCUACGAAAUAGAGCUGCAGAAAGAGCUGCAGCAGAGUUUGCACGUGCCGCUAGUUAUGGCUACAUUAAUCCACAACAUCCAUAUGCAAGUUUUCAAACAUGGCCAACACCAUUGCCGGCAGCAAAUCAACUGUGGCAUCCAAGUACCAAUCAGAAUGCAAUUUUCGAAAAAACUAUUAAUAAAACCAGUAUUGAUUUAAACGUUUCGCUCACUGGAACAUCGCCAACAUCAAGUGGAAAUGACACAAUGGGAUCUCCAGAAGCCAACAGAAUGAUAGAUAUUGAAGGUGAGGAUUCAGAGUCGGAUGAUAGCGAUCAACCAAAAUUUCGACGUAAUCGAACCACAUUUAGUCCCGAUCAACUGGAAGAACUAGAAAAGGAGUUUGAAAAGUCACACUAUCCAUGCGUAAGCACACGAGAAAAGUUAGCAUCUCGCACAUCACUUAGCGAAGCAAGAGUUCAGGUUUGGUUUUCCAACAGACGAGCGAAAUGGCGUCGGCAUCAACGUGUGAAUCUACUACGAAAAAGGGACUCGAUAUCACCACAAAAUCAUUGCUCUCCUAUCAAUUUCUCAACGGAACAACAUUUCUCGCACCAGCUACCACAGAUACUGUCGAGAAUACCGGGGGUCGACAGUUCAUUAGAACCAAUGAAGCUGAGCCAACAUCAAGCCCUUCUAUACCCAAUAUAUCAACGUGUUGGGAGCACACCGUACCUCGAUACCAGCGAAAAAAAUCUGAACUCGACAACGCCAACUUUAAGCAAUACUCCCAUCCAUACCGAAAGUCCACCUCCAGCGGAAUCAAGCAGCAAAAGUCCAAAACAUCCGAAGGGACAAAUAACGGAUCAAAUACUAUCACACACAGCAUCAGUUCCAUUAUCAAUGGGAGGUGAAAAUAGUGCUUUUAAAUCCAUAAAUAUUUUCCCACCAAACUUUGGCAAAACUAUAGCCAAUAAACCGACUUUACAGUAUCUAGACUUAUCCUCUUCUUCAAUGGUAGUCGAUGCAAAUUCAACCGGAAGCCAAAAUCAUAAAAAUAUAAAGACCGCACCAACACUACGUUUAAAAAUUCAUCCAAUUGAUAUUAUGACUGACGGAUAUAAUAGUGGCAGUGAUCGUGAUAGUACUAGUGACGUCGAAAACAUUUACAAAAAUGAGAAUAGUAAUAAUAAUAAUAUUAAUGAUAAAUGUAACAUAAAUGAUACGAAUAAUAUAUACACAAUAUAGUAUUUAGCAUGUAUACAUUAUAAAAAAAUAAAAUUUUAAAUUAAUAUACUCAUAGUUAUUUCAAUUAUUUAAAACAUUUAAUUUAAUUGUAUAUAUUAUAUCACAAACGUAAAUAAAUAGAUUCUUACGAUUUUAUUAAAAUUUCC